AAUUUUGAGAAUGUAAGGGAUCUCAUGUCUUCACCUCCCCGACAUUCAACUGUAGUAUACGCUUAGCCGAGCUUUCACCUUGCAGCGCAGAGUUUGGAUUGCCUUAGUUUCAACGCAUAGACCGUCAGACAUCGUUAUCCUACUCCCGGUUAGUUUCAGCCCAGCAGCUGUUCUGACUCGAAUCCGAUCCAUCGGUUAUCGCUGUCUAAUCCCAGCGGGACCUUUCGAUCGAUUCCGACUCGGACCUCUCUCUUGCGUAGAGUAGAAGACUGACCGAGGCCACCUUCCUCUGGUCCGUCUACUUCUCACGCUGAGAUAGCCGAGCGUCCCCUGCGACUCGCGAAUGGGAAACCUUCACGUUCAUUUCUAUCAUGGUAAUUUCAAAGCAUUCCGGCAAGAGCUGGAUGGAACAGGAGGUGGAUCGGGGAUGGGCGGAUCGGGAGCGAACGGCGUAGGAGGGUCGGGCGUAGGAUCCGGGAAAGGUGGUGGAGCGGGAAGCAUUGGCAAGAGCUGGUCUGGAGGUGGUGGUGUCAAUGGUGGGGGCCAAGCUCGAGCUGAUCCCAACGAGCGAGAUCAAUUUGGACGAACCGUGCUUCACCUCGCUGCGUCAUCCAAUACCCAACAAGCCUAUACAUUCCUCUCGAUGUUAUUGAAGAAUCCACACAUCUCGAUCAAUCUUCAAGAUUACGAAUCUGGAUACACUGCUCUUCACCGAGCUUUGUUCGUUGGCAACCUGCGUGCUGCAAGAGAUAUUCUCACGAGAGGGGACGUGGACCUGGGCAUCAAAGAUGCCGAGGGCCUGACUGCUUUUGAUCUGUACAACGGGACUGUGGAUGGAACCAACCCUGAUCAAGUGGACAUCGGGACUGAUCUUUACGUUUGGGGUGUCAAUCGCAACUUCGCCCUCGGCACUGGUGACAGUUCGGAUAAGGCUUACCCUGACCGAGUCAAGCUCUUAACUCAGAGUCAAGCCAGUGGCCAUCCCGACCCUGCACAGCGAUUCGUCAACGUCGGAGUGCGGCACGCUGUGAUGGGCAAGCUGCACACCGGAGUCAUCACCACGGAGAAACGGGGCAAUCUCAGUCUCUGUGGUUUCGGCACAAAUGGAAGACUCGGCAAAAGUAUCCAUUCGCAGAUAUCCCUACAGCCGCUUUCAGAUUUUCCUCAUACAAUCGUCGGACUCGCCCUCGCCCAAGAUCACACCCUCGCACUUACGAAGGGGGGAUACAUACUCUCUUGGGGCCAUAACCGCUUUGCCCAAUUGGGCUAUGUGAUCGAAUCGUCGGACGAGCUAUCCAUUGGCAGAGCGAAGGAAGAAGAUUUGGUCCAAGUUUCUCCUAAACGAAUUGUAGGACCACUCAAGAAAGAGUGGGUCAUGGGCGUAGCCGCCGGCAGGAUGAGCAGUGCUUGUUGGACCAGUACGGCUGUUUGGACUUGGGGAACCAAUGCUGGGCACCUCGGAUACGACAAAGCCGCCAAUCCCGUCCAGAUCCUGCCUCGUAGAGUCACGGCCAUCUCCCAGCCUGUUCUUGAUGUUGCUCUGUCUGAUUUCGCCAUGAUCUGCUUGCUGGACUCGUACGAGGUGGUCUGCUUCCAUCACGAUGUCAACUUCCGAAUCACAUUCAGCACUCCUCGCAUCCUAUCUGAUGCUUUCCCUUUCCGCCCUCCCCAAUCGACCAUCAAGCCAAUGAUCAAAAAGGUCACGAGCUGUGGCACAAUGUUUGGGGCUCUGUCAUCUAUUGGAGAUGUCUUCACCUUUUCACUGCCCAACCCAGCGGAGGAUGUCUCCAAGGAUAUCCGCGAUCGGCAUGUCAACGUCAAGCCUCAACUCAUCUGGGCGUUGCGCAAGAGUUUCACCGCUGUCAAGGAUGUCGCACUGGGCUCAGACGGGACUGUCAUCAUUUGCACCCACUCUGGUCAUGUCUUUGUCCGUCAACGGGUCAAGAUCGGAGCCGGCCAGCUAAAGUUCAAACGAGUCUCAUACUUGCAGCGAGUGAUCGGUGUCGCCUGCAACGAGUCGGGAGCUUUCGCAGCCAUUCGGGUGGAUGCGAAACCCCGUCCUAUCACACUUAAGGGACGAACCCUGGAAGAGGACAUGGCCCUGUUACAGCCUCAUUUCAGACGAUUUGAACACCAAAUGACGGCUGAGGAUUUUGACCGCGAACGCAAAGGGGUCAAAAUGGAUGACGAAGAGGAGGACGAGUCGAACAACUCUAUCACCAAGGAUCUGGCGAUUGCAACUCGAUUAUGUACGAUUCUCAGGCGCUGGCGAGUGGAUGAUACCGAUUCCUUGUUCUCUUGGAGCGAACCGCUGCUCGGUAGCGAUAUACAGCUCUCUGUGGGAGAUGUGGCGGUUCCUGCACAUCGACUGGUGCUUUCCCAAAGAGUUCCAAAACUGCAAAGCCUGCUGGCGGGCAGUGAUUCGCUGCCCGGAUUCGACUUUGACUCUGAUCGAUCCAUUAUUCGCGUCGCUGCAUGCCAUCCCCUGGUGGUCCUGCUCCUGCUGCAAUACAUCUAUGCAGACGACGUAGCGGCAGUAUGGGAUGCGCGCGUUGCUAGAGCUCUGCAGGCGUCCUUCAAGGAUCUCGACCUACAGAUCUCAGACAUCAAAUCAGACCUCUUGUCGCUUGCCAGUACUUUGGACCUCCAGCCUCUCGUCACAGUGCUUGGCUCAACGGCCAGAGUCGGGAUCCCAAGCAAGACAUUAGCUAGGGAUGUCCAAUCGUUCUUCAGUCGGACUUCGUCCUCACCCUCUUCAUACUGCGAUGUUACCCUUGUCCUGGCUGACAAGGAGGUUCACUGCUCAUCUAUCAUUCUCCGCGCCCGCUGUCCAUUCUUCGAGGCCAUGUUUGAGGAUCGCGAUUGGACAGCCACACGAUUCGACACGGAAAAAGACAACAUUGUCAUCGUUAUGGAUCAUCUCAAAUGGCGACCGAUGAAGCUAGUUUUCAAGUACCUACAUCAAGGUCUGGAGGACGACUUGUUUGACUACCUGCAUCAGGAGACCCUGGACGAAUUCCUAGACUUUGUCUUCGAGGUCUUGGCAGCUGCAACUGAGUUGUUGCUUGACAGGCUGGUCCUCGUGUGCUCAAGAGUCAUCACUCGACACUGCAAUGUCUACAAUGCCGCGGCUCUAGCAUGUGAAGCGUCAUUUUACCAGGCAGACACGCUCAAGUUCAGCGUGUUCGACUACAUCAUCGCGAGUAUGGAGACCAUGCUGGAAUCUGGGCUCUUGGAUGAGAUGCACGAAGACGUCUUGCUGGAAUUAAGCGAGGUGAUCGCUCAGAAACAAGCGAGGAAGCUAUCUGUCUCACGGACAGGCGAGCUCGUCAGUGAGGCUAUGAAACGGCAAAAGGAGUGGCUGGCAAUGCAGGAUAUACCCGCUCCUCGUGUACGCAUUCCUUGGAAGAAAAGAGUUCGAGCCAGUCCCGUGAUCGCUCCUGUCGAUAUGAGCAAGGUCAUCUCUCCGGCUCUCAGUCCUGUCCACGGGCCGAUAGAGGGCAACACCGAGGAGAUCUUUGUGAUGGACGAUGAAGUAAACACCCCAUCAACAGGAACGAAGACACCAAAAAUGUCAUCUCGACCUAUGACACCUCUUGAUCUCUCAGGUGGGUUGUCUAGGACCAGCGGACCGGUCUGGAGAUCAAAAGCCGUUGAAGCUGAAAAGGUCGAUUUGCGCAGUAUCAUGGCGGAGGCUGCUGCUUCCAAAACGCCAGGACCGAGCAAAACACCGUCCAAGCCUUCGGCCAACUCAGUCAACACGACCCCGCUCUCCACGCCAUCGCGAGCACUCGGCACCGCGACAAGUCCGCCGUCCGCUGGCGCUUGGCGUAGCAUGACUCCGGGAUCUUCUUCCACUCCAGCACCGACUCCGCGCAUGACGACUCCGAAGACCGGUCCUCAGACUCAAUUUGGAUUCCCGAGUCUUGGACAGUCUUCCACACCUUCCAGGCCUGCGGCAGCGAGGGCAGAGUCCAGUAGGGUUAUAACACCCAUCAAGCUCCAAGCUGCGCCACCAGGUGUACAGCGCAAGCCGUCUGGCGGCCCUGCAUGGUCAGUUCCAACGACGUUCGCGCCUGCGCCAACAGUUUUGCCUGGGACCUCACCGGAUUCUCGAUCGUUCUCUCUGCUUGCGAUUCAGCAAGAGGAGCAGGACUUUGCAGAGCGCUCUGGACGACCCAAAGCUGUCAAGAGUUUUGCAGAAAUCCAAGCCGAGGAAAAAGUCGCAGAAGAAAAGCGAAGGGAGGAGCAAGAAUUCAUGAAAUGGUGGGAAGAGGAGCAGGCCAGAUCCACAGCUGCAGACCCGAGUGGCGGCGGCAGUGGUAGAGGCAGAGGAGGUCGAGGAGGUGGUGGCAAUAGGGGUAAGGGAGGAGGCAGAGGUGGCGGAAACAUUGGGACGUCCCAGGAGCCAGGCAACAAUGAUGGCGGUAGGACUCGCCGCAAGGUACCCCCUCAACGUGCUCGUGGCGGCGCACGAGGAGGUCGAGGCGGCGGCAGCGGUCCACCUGGAGGGAGGGCAGGGGGUCCUGGGCCCAUAUGACAUCAGGCAGUAUCGGUCAAGCAUAGAAUCUUUUGCCCUGAGUCAGGUUAUCCCAGCUCUUGUAUUGACUCAUCAUGUUGUAUGAAUUUAGUGGACAGAUG